AUGAUCCGGUCUUCUGUGGUCAGAUCAGAAGCCCAUGAUCCGGUCUUCUGUGAUCAGAAGCCCAUGAUGCGGUCUUCUGUGGUCAGAUCAGAAGCCCAUGAUGCGGUCUUCUGUGAUCAGAAGCCCAUGAUCCGGUCUUCUGUGGUCAGAUCAGAAGCUCAUGAUGCGGUCUUCUGUGAUCAGAAGCUCAUGAUGCGGUCUUCUGUGGUCAGAUCAGAAGCUCAUGAUGCGGUCUUCUGUGGUCAGAUCCUGUCUCUGCUGUGA